GGGGCGGCCGGUGUCGGCGCGGCGGGGCGGGCAUGGCGCUGUCGCCCUACGUGCAGGCCAUGCAGGAGCUGUUCCGCGCCAACACGCGCAGCCGCGAGUUCCCGGCGCACGGCGCCAAGGUGCACUCCGUGGCCUGGAGCUGCUGCGGCCGCCGCCUCGCGUCCGGAUCCUUCGAUAAGACCGCCAGCGUCUUCCUGCUCGAGAAGGACCGGCUGGUAAAAGAGAACAACUACCGGGGCCAUGGUGACAGCGUGGAUCAGCUCUGCUGGCAUCCCAGCAACCCCGACCUCUUUGUCACUGCGUCCGGGGACAAAACCAUCCGCAUCUGGGACGUGCGCACCACCAAGUGCAUUGCCACCGUCAACACCAAAGGGGAGAACAUCAACAUCUGUUGGAGCCCUGAUGGACAGACCAUUGCGGUGGGGAACAAGGAUGAUGUCGUCACCUUCAUUGACGCAAAGACGCAUCGCUCCAAAGCAGAGGAACAGUUCAAGUUUGAGGUCAAUGAGAUCUCCUGGAACAAUGAUAACAACAUGUUCUUCCUCACUAAUGGGAAUGGCUGCAUCAACAUCCUCAGCUACCCAGAACUGAAACCCAUUCAGUCCAUCAAUGCCCAUCCUUCAAACUGCAUCUGCAUCAAGUUCGAUCCCAUGGGGAAGUACUUUGCCACGGGCAGCGCUGAUGCUCUAGUCAGCCUCUGGGAUGUGGAUGAGCUGGUGUGUGUGAGGUGCUUCUCCAGGCUUGACUGGCCUGUGCGAACGCUGAGCUUUAGCCACGAUGGGAAGAUGCUGGCGUCGGCAUCGGAGGAUCACUUCAUUGACAUUGCAGAGGUGGAGACAGGAGAGAAGCUCUGGGAGGUGCAGUGUGAGUCCCCUACCUUCACGGUGGCCUGGCAUCCGAAGAGGCCUCUGCUGGCCUUCGCCUGUGACGACAAAGAUGGCAAAUACGACAGCAGCCGAGAAGCAGGCACUGUCAAGCUCUUCGGGCUUCCCAAUGACUCCUAAUGAUACUGCAGCAGGGCAGGGCACCAGGGGCCACAACGCUUCCCCACGCCUGGGGAUGGAAGAGUGCUCAGUUAGCAUAGGACAGGGUAAGGAUGUCGGUCCUCUCCUUACCUGCUUGGCAGUGCCGUCACCUUUGUCUCAGCUCCACGUGUGCUGCUCUCAGAAGCAUUUGUAAAAAGCAGCUUGUGUGCUGGUGAGGAUGGGGGCGCCCAGCAGGGCCUCCGCACCAUCUCAGGGCUGCCUCGUCCCUGGGGCAUGGAAGGUCUGUUCCAAAGGCAAGCAGCCAAAGAAAAUCACAGAACCUGACUGCUGAAGGGGCCUCCUGAGGUGGGAGCGCUGCUCUAGGGCAGCGGCGUGGAAGCCCCAGAGGCAGCAAUGAGCUGUGUGAUGAUCCCUUCUGUCCUCCCCCGCAGCCCGGUGGUGAGGGCAGCCCUGGAGAACGGCCUGCCCCUUCCCUGUGCUGAGCAUCAGAGGGGCGGCAUGGGGGGGGUGGGGGCGUGUGAGCUGGAGGGCGUUCCCCCAGCUACGGCUUUUUUUUGUUUUUUUGUAUUGGUGGUUGUUUUUAUAAUUUUGAUAAAUCCUCUUCCAUAACGAA